AUGAUCAACUUUGCCACCACAGAGCACCACCACCAUGGUAGCCACAGGGACCACCAUGGUAGUGAGGAGUACGCCAACUCCAUAGCAACAAGCCCAUGGUGCAAUUUUGUCCAAGAAGGAGUCCAGAAAAACCCUCCAAAUUCACACUACUCUCACUUGAAUUACCUCCGCAUGAAUGGUAAGUUCACGGAGGCCGUCACCAUUCUUGACUCCAUUGCCAAAAGUGGGUUGAAGGUAACUUCCACUACUUACAUGAAUUUACUUCAAUCUUGCAUUGACACCAAUUAUAUUCAAUUGGGUCAGAAGAUCUAUGAGCGUAUUGAUGUAGUUGAGGAAUUGAACUCGUUUGUUGAGACAAAGUUGGUGAGCAUGUAUGCGAAAUGCGGGUUUUUGGAUGAUGCGCCUAAGGUGUUCUACGCAAUGCUUGAGAGAAAUUUGUACUCUUGGUUGAUCAUGAUUGGUGAGACCAAAGGUGGUGGAGCUUUUUUACUCAAUGAUGAGAGAUGGCGUUUUGUACUAUGGGGUGAAAAAAAUGGCUUCUGGUGUGAGUAG